GGAGCGUCUCCUCAGCCCGGCCGGCCGCGCGCUCUCUCCACCCCCCCCCCCUGCACAGCGAGCGAGCUCCGGCCUCGCCAAGGCAGCUCCGACGGGGCGGCGGCAGCGUCUCUGGAUGGGGCCGUGGCCGGCGGGGGCUGCUUCGCGUCCGCGUCGCCAGGGGCGGCUCCUUCCUCCUCCUCCUCCUCUUCCUCCUCCUCAGGGGACGCCGGCCGCCUCCUCUCGCCGCCGCCGUUGAGGGAAGCCGGCUCGGGGCGGCCUCCUCCUCCUCCUCCUCCCUCUCCUUGUCUCUUCAGCCCGGCCGGGGCGGCGCCUGGGGGAGGCGUUGUCGCCGUUGGUGGCAGCAGCGUCGGGCCUUCCUCCCGCCGGCCCCAAUGCAGCAGCCACCGCCGCAGCAGCAGCAACCUGACUCAGCGGCGGAGGCGCGGGAGAGGAAGAAGAUGGCGCAGCCCGCGAUGCUGCCUCGGCGGGGCGGCAGCAGCAGCAGCAGCAACGCCGGCGGGGCCGGCUUGGAGGACUUCCCGCCCGGCCUGCUGGCCCAGCCGACGCCGCCUUCCCCGGCCUCCACCGCCGCCGCCUCCUCCUGCCCUCCCGGGGCGCCUCCGCCGCAGAGCCUGGCGCUGCUCUCGCAGGGGGGAGGCGGCGGCGGCGUCGCGGGUCCGGCGGGCGCUCAGCUGAAGAAGAAGAGCGGCUUCCAAAUCACCAGCGUGACCCCGGCGCAGAUCUCGGCCAGCCUCAGCUCCAAUAACAGCAUCGCCGAGGACACGGAGAGUUACGACGACCUGGACGAGUCGCACACCGAGGACUUCUCCUCCUCCGAGAUCCUGGACGUCUCGCUCUCCCGGGCCACCGACUUGGGGGAGCCCGAGCGCAGCUCUUCCGAGGAGACGCUCAACAACUUCCACGAGGCCGACAGCCCCGGCGCCGUCUCCCCCAACCAGCCUCGCCCGGCCCAGCAGCAGCCCCGAGGCCUGACCAACGGCAGCGCCCUGCCGUCCCCCCACUAUGCCCACGGGGGGCACGCCCAGCCUCCCUCCCACGCUGGGGGCCCCCCGACCAUGUCCGGAGGGGCCCCAUCCAGCCCGUCCUUCCGGAGGCUGCCCGUUGCGGGGAGCUUCGAGGGCGCCAGGCCGGGGCCUGCCGGAGCAUCCUCGGUGGCGGCUCUUGCAGGGGCCACGGUGGCUCACUUCCAUGCGGGGGCCGCCUCUGCCCCGGGAGCCAUGGCCGGUGCAGCGAGUGGCCGGGCCCACCAGGUGGGCAAGACCCUCACGAACCUUGCCGCUGCUGGCAACGGCAUGACCCUGCCCGGAGGGAACCACCCUGGAAAUGUGGCACUCUCCGGCGGGAUCGGCAACGGCACCGGGGCCCCCUCCAAUGCCUCCGGAAGUGCCAGCCACGCAGCCGCGGGGCCCACAGCUGCGGGCCAUCUACAGCCAGCCGGCAGCACCUCCCGUUUCCGCGUGGUGAAGUUAGAUUCGAGUUCGGAGCCGUUUAAGAAAGGCCGGUGGACUUGUACCGAGUUCUAUGACAAGGAGAAUCCCGGGGCGGUGGCCGAAAGCGCCCCCGUGGCCAAAACCGUGGACGCUCUCCUGGACGUGGCCUCUGAAAGGGAAAGCACCAGCGGGAGCUCCGUCAGCAGCACCCUGAGCCACUACACGGAGAGCGUGGGCAGCGGAGAGAUGGGGGUGCCUCCCAGGACGCAGCCCUCGGGGUUCCAAGGUGUGCCUCAGCAGAUGGAGUUCAGCAGCAGCGGGGUGCCCCCCACAUCAGCACCGGGGCUCCCCCAGAGUAUGUCUCAGUCCCAGCUCUCCCACGUCCAGGCGCACCCUCAGGAGGCCAGCUACCCUCCGCAGAAGCAAGGGCCGCACCCUCCCGCCUCGGCCGUUCCUUCUCCGUUGACCGUCGUUGGCGGCCAUCAACCAACUCUUCCAUUCACCCAACCACCGGCCCAGCCUGCCGGCCCGGUCGCCGCUCCACAGCCCCAGCUGUUACCUUUUGGGCAGGGGCAGGCUCAGCACCCCGCCGCCCUGCCACCCAUGCCUAUGCCGAUGGCACCAGGGCAGCACGUGAAGCCCGUCGCGCAAACUUCGCUGCCCGAGUACAUCCAGCCGCCACAGAUGCUUCCAGCUCCUUCUCUGCAGCCUGGGGUGGGAGUCGUCGGAAGCGGCCCAGCCGUGCCCGUCGCUCAGGCUCCCAGUAUGCAGCUUCCUGUCCAGGCACACAUCCCGGGGGCACCUUCUCAGUCCGUGGCGCAGGCCCAGCCCACGAUCCCAGCCGUGGGUGCUCCCGCUGCCCUGAUGAACGUCGGGCAACCAGGCAGCGCCGCUCCCGUGGCCCAGCGGCCCUCCGUUGCCAACCAGAUGGCUUCUUCCGUGCUGGCCCCCAGCACCGCUGUCCCAGCAGCCUCCCAAGCAGCCCCUGCAGGGGGCGCUCACCCAGGCUCUCAAAGUGCUCCCUUAGGCCUUCCUCAAACUUUGGGCAUCCCUCCGUCGGGCAACCUGAUGCCUAUGCAAGGCGCCGAUCCUCUGGUUCCAGGAAUGGCCCCGUUGCCUCCUGUUAGCCCAGUCCCUUCUGCCGGCGCUGCUCCUGUGCCCGGCCACUCGGCUUCCAGUAUGCCCGCUGCUGCGCCCGUCAGCCUGGCUCCUCCCAAGGCCCUCGCCCAGCCUUCGGGUAUGCACAAUGGGACCCUGGCCCAGAACGUCUCUCAGCCUGCCUUGCUUCCCACGGGCCUCCAUUUGCCGGGAGCCCCCAACUCUGCCCAGUUCUCCUCGCAGUCCCUCGCUCAGUCUAUCGCCAGCCGGACUGACGAGGCCAGGCGCCCUCUGACAGAGUCCAUCUUGGUUGGCUUGACCCAGCCUUCUGGCGGCACCGAAGGCAGCAUCGGCAGCUCCUUUGCAGAUGGCAGCAUGGUCUCCUCUCUCUUCCCCCUGAAGGUCCUUCCGCUGGCCGCCCUGGAUGGCGAGGAAGACAGCUCCUCCGGGGCGAGCGUGGUUGCCAUCGACAACAAAAUCGAGCAAGCCAUGGAUCUGGUGAAGAGCCACUUGAUGUACGCAGUGCGAGAGGAAGUUGAGGUGCUGAAAGAGCAGAUCAAAGAACUCAUUGAGAAAAACAACCAGCUGGAACAAGAGAACAACCUGUUGAAAACCUUGGCCAGCCCGGAGCAGCUGGCUCAGUUCCAAGCCCAAUUGCAGACCACCAAUUCCCCCGCCGGGGGGUCUUCGCAAACACAGGGAGCCAACCUGCAACCUUCCCAGGCUGCACCGCAAAACUCGGGACCUUCGGCCUAGUCGGUCCAGCCGCCCUCUUGAGAUUUCGGGCCCUCUGGAUUCUUCAGCUGAGAGGCUGGACGACGGCAGGAAUCCAGCGGCCUCUGCAUGCUGCCUCCCACCCAAACCCCUCCCCGAUUACGAAGACACUUCCGCCACCCUCCCUCCCUCCCCAACUCCCUAAGUCGCAAAAACGUUGGUUUCCUUUCCAGUAUUAAAGCUGUUCGAAGUGGGGUGGGGGAGAGAGCAGGAGAGGGUUGAGAUUUUCCUUUCAGGUUUAUUAUUUUUGAAAAGUUGGGAGUGGGAGGGAGGGUCUCGUCCACCAUUCAGGGAAUUAGCACAAAUGCACUGGGCGACUUGAGCAGCUUCCGCAGCAGCUGCUAAAAAGAAAAAAAUUACAGCAACGACAACGACAACAACAACAAAAAACAUACGAGUUUUUUGUGGUGCCUGAAGCUUAAUUUUUUUUUUUCCUUAACGAUCUUCCUUCCUUGCAAUGCCGUGAUUAAUGCAAAUGCUGUCAGGCCUGGCAAUGUGAAGAAGUUGGCUAGGGUGGUGGGGAUGAAGCCCCUUCCUCUAGCUUUCCACCUGGAAGCCAAAGGAAUAAGACAAGGGAAGAAAGAACUUGGGGGAAACUGAGGGACACUAAAAAAAUAAAGAAGAAGGGAGGGGGAUUUCGGUGCCUGCAGUCUUAAAAAAAAAUAAAAUAAUAGCAGAUGUGCACAUUUUCUAUAGCCAAGGGGAAGGUGUGGAAAAAAUAAUCACCUAUUUUCUGGGAAAGGAACCAGUAGAUUUAAAAAAAAAUGCUGUGAUAUAGGAUGGGUCUGAUGAAGGUUUAUUUGCUUACCGUAAAUGUAUAUUUGUGUAUUUAAUGUACAAUUACUUUGUAAAAUAGAAACUGUAACUACUCCUUUCAGUUGUACAGAGUGAAUUUAAAAAGAAUGAACUGAAUCAGUUUGGAUAGCAAUUCCCCCCCCCCUUUGGUUAUUUCUUUUUUUAAAAGCUUUUUAUUUUAUUUUAUUUUAUUUUAUUUUUUGACGCUACAUGGAUUCCAUUUUGCACCUCUACAGCUCUUAUCCGGGAAUCAGCUGGUGCUGCUUAUGUCAGUUGCCUUGGAAAAAUGAAUAUAUAUAUAUAUUCAAACUUGCAGUCCUGGUUGAGAUGGGCUGCAGGUGAGGGAGGGGCAGGGAUGAAUUCACCAAAGCAAAAGUCUUUAAAAAAAAAUUAAUUCCUCACAUUUUGGAGGUGGGCAUACGAUCUGUGUAAUAAGAUGCAGAUGUUCUUGUGCAUGUUACAUUCUGGGCGAUGAAUUGGGAGGAAAAUGGUAAAAAAAAUACCAGUAUAUUUAACGAUUGCACUUGUCAACUUCCAAUAAAGCAUACCAUGUUGAUAUAGAAGCUGUGAGUUCGAUCCUAGGUUAGAGGCAGAUAUUUCUCUCCUCUGGGCACCAUGAGGAGUUUGAUCUGCUGAACAAAACUCCGCAUUGGCAACAGGAAGGGCAUCGGGCCAGUAAACACUGGGUUCCAUUCAGUUGCCCCAGACUCCACUUGCCUUCUAUGAGGUCAUUCAGUUGCCAGAUUCCGCCAGAGUUUUUGGUUUUGCAAAACCUAGUUUUUUUUAAAAAAAUGGGUAGAAAGCGUUUCAACGGCAG